UCAUCGAAUGGCACUGACACAAAAUGGCUGACAAAUGACGACAGCUCACAGCGCGCAGCUGGCAUCUAGCUCUGUAUAUAAAUAUAUGAUCGCUACGUGUUUCAUUGUCUUUAACGGAAGCAAAAUAAAUACUUCCGGGUCGGAAAGCGCUUUUACCCACACGUGAAUGAAUAAAGUGUGCAAAACCGAUCCUGACGAAGUGAUCUUUAUUUCUGAAAGGACUCCACGUACAAACCGCAAGAUUGAUGUCAUUAAUAAGGCAAAGAGACUUGCUCUGCAAAGAGACAUUGAUCUAGAAUCUCUCCCGAAACCGCAUUCUAAGCCAAAACCCAAGUGCGCUGCUGUGCAAAGUUCUGACAAGAAAAUGAGCAUUAAGAAUAAGGAUGUGACAGAUGAGAACAUUAAAAAGAAAGGCAAGAAACCCAAGAAAAAACUAACCUCUACUCCAAAAAUUCUCACCCCGACGGUUGCUGACGAUGUCCCACGGAGUGUAGAAAAGAAAAAGAAGAGAAAAAAAGAGGACUCAGCAGAAGUUGGGAUUGAGGAGAAACAGAAGAAGAAAACUAAAGAAGAAAGUGCUGAUAUUACAAAUGUAAAUGACAAAAAAGAAAAGAAAAAGCUCAUUGACAGAAAAGAGGGAACUCAGAAUGGCAAAAAGUCACCUAAAACUCACAUUAAACAUGAAACAGUCGGUCUUGACAACAAGAAAGUGGGGAAAAAAGCCAUGAAAGCAAAAAAAGACGCGCUUCUUACGAAUGGUUCCGAUGUUACAAAUGACAGUGCAUUUAUCAAAAAGAAAAAGAAAAUGGAUGAAAAAAGUGAACGUAAGAAGAAAAAAGUUAAAGAUGAGGUGAGACAAAUUCAAAAUGACAAUAUUACAACAGAGGCAAAAGCAAAGGUGUCCCGAAAAAACAAAGAACAGAAAAAAAUACCUGUUGAGAGUGAAGACGAGCACAAGAACAUUAAACACAAGACAAAGAGGAAAAGAGAUGUUGCUGAAGAGGGUGAAUCGACUAUAACAAAAAAGAAGAAAACUGUUAAAAUAGCUAAGAAUAAAGUAACUGCAGAAGCACCAGAUGGACAAAAGGCAGACGAGGAGAAGCUGAAGAAGAAGAAGAAACCUUCACCGGACAAUGAAGAACCUGAAGAAACACAGAAGGAAGAGACAUCUCCAAACAAAGAGGUUGUCGAAGAGGAAGGUAAGACGAAACGAAAGAAAAAAGGAGAAAAGGUCAAGAAGAGGAAGUCCUUCAAUCUUGGGGCAGAAGAAAAAACUGAAUCGAUUAGGAAGAAAAAACACAAAGUCGAAGAACCUAAAAGUGAAGAGACCGAAACCGGCCAAUCGAGCAAGAAAAGCAAGCGAAAGAAAAAGUCGUCUGUUCAGAGGGACAUACAGGCUGAGGAAUCCGAUUCAAGUUCGGGGAAAAAGUCUAAAAUAAAGAAGAAGAAACUUAGCAAAGAGUUGGAAAACCAGCAUACUUCCGAAGCAGAAGUGGUCUUUUUGUCAGCGAAGACCGGAAACACUGAUGAGGUUACCAUCAACCAGGAAAGACGGCAGGCUUUACAGCUUGACAUAGACAACGCCUCUCAGCCUCAACAAGCGGACAAACUUUCAGGUUUCGGUCAGUGGAGCACCGCUCAGUUUGAAAGCUCACAUCAGCAGCUGAAGUUCCUCAGGUUAAUGGGCGGCUUCAAGAAAGACUUCAAACCGGCUGCCGCUCCUGGUGCGGCGCAGCACAAUAUGGCACUUGGCAAGGAUGCACAGGAGCAUUUACAACAAGGACUCCUGGGAGAGUUUGAACGCGCCCACUCACGCAGAAUAGACUUUAACAGCAGAGGUGCAGGACUCGGUUUUAGUAAACCAUCCAAAAAAUUUUCGAUUGACAUCAAUACAUGUCGAUCUGUGCGCUUUGAUGACUGAACCCUGCUCUGUAGGUCUUGUUUUAGUCCUCUCGCAAAUAAAAUAAUUUUUUUACCCUGACAGUAAAUUUUCUUUAUAUGACCGACACUAGGUUGAAUUUUUUGUUGUUGUUGAAAUUUUGAAUUUAGUCAUAUUUUAUACAUCAUCGCUCUUGGAUAGCACACACUUCCAAAAUGACAAUCCUUUAGGAACUAAAUUUUACAUGCAAUCUUGAUUAAAAAGUAGGCACGUGCCGGUAU